AUGCUUAAGAGGGACAAGGGUUCUGUCAGAAGUGUGUCGUUCAGUCCUGAUGGAAUGACACUUGCCACUGCGGGUGGGGACAAAACCAUUCGUUUAUGGGAUGUCGCCACAGGUACGACUCUCCGAACGCUUAAGGGGCAUAAGAGUUCUGUCUAUGGGAUAUCGUUCAGUCCUGAUGGGCAGCUACUUGCUUCAGGAAGUAAGGACAUGACCGUUCGGUUAUGGGAUGUUGCUAAAGGCACAACGCUCCGAACCCUUGAGGGACAUACGAGUACUGUCUAUAGGGUGUUGUUCAGUCCUGAUGGAAAAACACUCGCUUCUAUGGAUAAGGACAGGACCCUUCGGCUAUGGGAUGUUGCCACAGGCACAAACACACGAACGCUUAAAGGAAAUGCGGACGAACCAGUAGACAUAUCGUAUAGUCCUGAUGGACAGUUGCUCGCUUCAGGGCAGUGGGGCAAUACCAUUUAUCUAUGGGAUGUUGCCACAGGCAGAACUCUCCGAACGUUUGAAGGGCAUACGAGUCCUGCCAAUAGUGUAUCGUUCAGUCCUGAUGGGCAGCUACUCGCUUCUGCGGGGUAUGAGGACAAGACCGUACGGCUAUGGGACGUUGCCACAGGCAAAACUCUCCGAACGCUUAAGGGACAUACGGAAGGUAUCACAAGCGUUUCAUUUAGCCCUGAUGGCAAGACACUCGCCAGUGCAAGUUUGGACAAUACCGUUCGUUUAUGGGAUGUUGCCACAGGCAAUACGAUCCGAACGUUUAAAGGGCAUACGGGUAUUAUCACAAACGUUUCAUUUAGUCCUGAUGGCAAGACACUCGCCAGUGCAAGUAUAGAAGACGGUAUUGUGUUUUUGUGGGAUGUCACGGCUUCACCAGAAAAGGAGUAA